GCCGACCGCCGCUGAUAGGGGGAAAAAGUUCGGCUGUGCAGCUCAGCCGCGCAUCGGGAAACUCCGAUAUUGAAGGUUAACCCUCCACUUGAGCGGGAAAAUGGUAACGCUCACGUCCGUACUCGCCCAUUGGGUCAAAACUCCGGCAAACAGAUAUUGGAAGAGGAGACGUGUAUUCAUAGAAAGCGGUCAUUUCUACGGAAGAUCGAGAAAUUGCUACGCCAUCGCGAUCAGACGGCUAGAAAAAGCGUGGACGAACGCAAAACAUGGCCGCGCCGAUCUAAAGAAGACGACCAGCCAGACCUGGCAGAGCCGGAUAUCCGCAUCGACUGAAUCCCUAGGCCUCAACUAUUUUCCUUUCGCACAUGGCUUGGCGCACCAGCAAGUAGCUCUCGGGAAAAAGGUACUCGCCGAUCUCGCGUGGUCCGAGCCCAGGAGCUUCCGAAGUCUUGUCGAGUUGGCCAGGAACGAUGCCUGCAAGGAUCCUGCGCACAUUGGUGAGCCUAAUGAGAAUGUCAUUCUGGGGAGCGAGGGCGUCGAUAAAUGAGCGUGAUCAACGGGGUUGUGCUUCGUUUGAUAAUAAAAUACGCCCAUUGAGUGGUUCUG